AUGCCGUCUGAACUGCGACGACCUACCCUCCGAUGGGGCAUCAUUGGGACCGGCCUCAUAUCGUCCUGGUUUGUGGGCGAUAUGGUUGUGCCACGAGCAGACGUAACCGCAACACAUGUCAUCCAAGCGAUCGGUUCAUCAUCAUCGGAGAAAGGUAGGGCUUUUGUCGAAAAAUACGGGGGCGACAUUAGUCCAUCCAUUUAUGGCAGCUACGAUGCGGUCUACGCAGACCCGGACGUAGAUAUCGUUUACAUUGGGAUCCCACAUGCCUUCCACAAAGAUGCAUGCCUGAAGGCGAUCAGCCAUGGGAAACAUGUCUUAUGCGAGAAGCCCUUUACCUUGAACGCACAGGAAGGGCAGGAGGUCUUCAAUGCAGCCAAAAAGAUGGGUGUAUAUAUAAUGGAAGCGAUGUGGACCCGAUUUAUGCCACUGACAGCUCAACUCCUACGAAUGAUCCAUCGGGAAAAGGUAAUCGGGGAUGUGCAUCGGGUCUUCUGUGACUUUGGUUUGGUCAUAGACCUGGACAGCUUGCCCGCUACCUCACGUCUGAAAGACCCGGCCUUGGGUGCGGGAGCACUGCUUGAUAUCGGAGUGUAUUCCCUGACCUGGGGAUUGUUAGGGCUGGACGAGGGUAUUGCGGGUACGGCAUUGAAACCGCAGGUCUUUUCGGCGCAGAGUAUCAGUCAGGGCAUUGACGUCGCGACCUCCAUUGUGCUGUAUUACCCACAGAAUGGUCGCCAAGGUAUUCUCACGUCGACCAUGAAGACCAAGUCGGACCCGGUGUUUGCCCGGAUCGAGGGAUCGCACGGUACUAUUCUCAUUGAGGGGAUCGCCACUUCUGUGCCACACCGGUUUACGGUCAUUCCCAGUGAUGCUACCGCAGAGCGCCAGGUUUACGAUGCUCCCCCGAAGGUGGGCAAAGGAUUUUUCUACGAAGCCGACGCGGUGGCACGCGACAUUGCCGCCGGUCGGGUGGAAAAUGCGACCAUGCCGUGGGGUGAGACGCUUCGGGUGCUGGCUCUGAUGGACGGCAUCCGGGCGGCGGGCGUUUCCCAGGAGGACUGA